CUUCGUUCUCCUUAAAGCGGUGUCUACAAUGAGAUUUUGAGGCGUAAGAUUUAAGAAGUUGACCAAUCACAAUCGAAUAUAAAGAGAAUGAUCUACUUUGAUUGGUCGAUUUCUUAAAUCUUACGCCUUAAAAUCUCAUUGUAGACACCGCUUAAAGCGGGGUCUACAAUAAGAAUUUAAGGCGUAAGAUUUAAGAAAUUGACCAAUCACAAUCGAAUAUAAAGAGAAUGAUCUACUUUGAUUGGUCGAUUUCUUAAAUCUUACGCCUUAAAAUCUCAUUGUAGACACCGCUUAAAGCGGGGUCUACAAUAAGAAUUUAAGGCGUAAGAUUUAAGAAAUUGACCAAUCACAAUCGAAUAUAAAGAGAAUGAUCUACUUUGAUUGGUCGAUUUCUUAAAUCUUACGCCUUAAAAUCUCAUUGUAGACACCGCUUAAAGCGGGGUCUACAAUAAGAAUUUAAGGCGUAAGAUUUAAGAAAUUGACCAAUCACAAUCGAAUAUAAAGAGAAUGAUCUACUUUGAUUGGUCAAUUUUUUAAAUCUUAUGCCUUAAAUUCUUAUUGUAGACCCCGCUUUACUGAUGUACGAACCUUCACGAAUUCUCUCGUUGACGAGUCGUCUACAACAAUGGCAGUAAGCAGUAAGAGUUCCCAUUGGUCAGUUUUUGAAAUAAUCGAUUUCGAUUGGUCACUUCUUACUGCUUACUUUAGACGACCUAUAAAAUUAAAUUCUCAUUGUAGAACCCGCUUUAAUACCUUCACAGAUCCAGAAACGAUACUGAAGGAGGAAUAUGAAAAAACCCCGUGUAAACGUUACAUGACCAUCGGCGACUGCGCUUUCGGUCUUGGUUGCCGAUUUUCACAUUAUACGCCACCGAUGAUAUGGGAACUCGAACGACUCGUUGCAGCAAAGAACUCCAAAGAUCUGACAACUCAACCCAAGGACGGUUGGCCAAAUCCGGAAGACAUUAUUAACGAGUAUUUCGAGAACGAGAUGGAUCCGAGCGGCGCCGAGAAACUCGAUUAUCCAUCGAUGUCGAGUACACCAUCAAGAUUAGCCGAUUAUCCGUAUCUACCGCGAUCCUUGCGGCCCGUUACGUCGGAGGGAAUGGCGGACAGUGAUUUUAGCAAAUGGGGUUAAAGUCUGUUGAAAAAACGCGAAAAAUAAAAUGAAAACCUACAUACAUCCA